AUGGCCAAGUGGCUGCGGGAGUACCUGGGGCGGGGGGCGCGGCGCUCCCCCCCCCGCCCGCCCCAACCCGACUACAGCGGCCCCGGCCCCGCGUCCUCCCCUCGGCACCGGCUCGUGCGGGUGGCGGCCGCGGGGCCCCCCCGCGGCACGGAGCAGGGACCCGGCGAGAGCGAAUACUCGGAGCCGUGCGAGGGGGAGCAGGAACCGGCGCCCGAGGGCGGCUGCGAGGACCCCGCGGAGGCCGCAGGAAGCCGUCGGGGGCGGCCGCGCCGGGGCCCGCAGCUCUACGACACCCCCAGUGAGGAGUGGGAGGCGGCCGGGGACGGCCCCGGUGCCGGUGGGAGCCGCCGGAGCCGCCUGCCCCGCGACGACGAGCGCCCGGCCGAUGAGUACGACCAGCCCUGGGAGUGGAAGAAGGAUCACAUCUCUCGGGCGUUCGCAGUGCAGUUUGAGAGCCCCGAGCGCUCCCCCAGCCUGUCCCGGCAGCUGCCGCGACCCCCCCGAGCCCCCCCGGGCACCGGCUGCCCCCCCAGCCCCCGGCACGUGGACACCUCGCUCCCACUGGAGAAGCAAGUGUGGUACCACGGCCCCAUUGGGCGGGCGGGCGCUGAGACACUGCUGGCACUGUGCCGGGAGGGCAGCUUCCUGGUGCGGGACUGUGAGACCAGCCCUGAGGACUACUCCCUGUCCCUGAGGAGCAGCCAUGGCUUCGUGCACGUGAAGCUGACGCGGACACGGGAGCACCAGUUCACACUGGGCCGCGCCGGUGCCGCCUUCCCCUCGGUGCCCGCGGCCGUGCGGCACUACACAGCGCGUGCCCUGCCCGUGCGCGGCGCCCGCCACCUCUCCCUGCUCUACCCGGUGGCAGUGCAGCCCCUGUGAGCAGCAGGGACCCCCUGACCCCAACCACCCCAUUAAA